GGCCUAGCACAUCUCUCCUUCCUCCGCCUCUUUCCCCACCUCCAGUCGCGGCCGCAGCUAGGCCAGCAUGGCGGCGCGCCAACCAGCCACCGCAGCCUUCCAUCACCACUAUCGACCGCUGCUCCACCACAUCACCGAUCCAUCCAUCAACCAGCUUUACCACUCAACCAUCACUCCACUUCCUCCGCUUCUCUUCUUCUUCUCCUAACCCUGCUGCUGCUCUUAUUCUUCUUCCCCUCGAACCUGCUGAUAUUCUUCUUCUCUCCAUGCCCCUGCUGCUGCUCUUCUACUCACUGACGCUACUCUUCCUUCUCUCCUACACCUCUUGUUGCUGCUCUUCUCCCACAAAACUACUGCUCCUCUCUUCUCUCAACAUCCCCUACUGCUUCUUUCUUCUCCGAACCUGCGGCUGCUCCGCUCCAGCGCCCUCUUGCUGCUCUUCUCCAGCGCCCCCUUGCUGCUCCUCAUUCGCUGAAGCUCUGCUCUGAAUCCCUCCUACUGUUAUCUCUCUCUCUCUCUCUGAUUUCUGUUAACUUGAGAUGUGUAUGUCGUGUGUAAUGUUCAAAUUUGACUAGUGCAAGCAACUUGUUAUUUGUUCGGUUUGGUACUAGUAUAAUAUGGUACUUGUUAUGUUGGAUAUGACCAGUUGAGGCCUUGUUAAUUUGGGAGAUUAUUGAUCUAUUGAUCUAUUAGAAUUUGCUUCUGUGAAUUAGUAUUCUGCUAGCAUAUGAAUGUGUUCACCCGUGUGUGUUUGUUCCUUACUGAAAUUUAUCCCGUUGUCCAUGUGUUAGAUCCAGUACAUGUGCAAUGUAAAUACAUGUGUGUUUGUGAUGUAAACCAUCUACAUUGUGUCUUCUAAUCUUGUUUCUUCCAUCUCUUACAUGUUAGAUAGUCAUUUGUGUUCACUUCCCUUUUGUCGAUCAUGUUCAUGUUAGUAUUUUAAUUUCUCAAGCAUUACGAAAAUACCAAAAAGAAAGUAAGUAAAAUCUGCAUUUUCUUUGUCUGAACAUUUUAUGGAACAAUCUUCGUUAGUCUAGAUCUAAUUGUCUGCUAUCAUCAUCUAAAUUCUGUCACCUAGAUUUAGUCGAGCAUUAUUGCCGUCGCCUAGUCCCUGUGGACGACACGACACUGCAGAUUUGGGCGUGAAAAUCUAUUUACAAUCGAUCAUUGUGGCGCCAUUGCCGGGGACUAGCAUCGAGCGAUUUUGUUUGGCUAUAGACUAGGUUCUACUUGUUUUCUCUUUGUGCCAUAUAUUUGUGAUAUAUCUCUUACCCCUAACCACUGUUCUAGUUAUUUUCUCUUUCUUUCUUGUUAAUUUGGUAGGUUGAAUUGUCUUCUUGGAAAUGGGAUUCUACUCAGAUCAUCAUGCUUAUGUGAGCAAUAGCACAAAUAGCUCAGAAAGUGUUCAAGACCUGAUAAGUAAGAUUUCCUAUCAAUUAGAUGACUUAGCUCAGCAGCGAGGAAUAGUUUUUGAGGAUAGGCCUAGUUCUUAUGAUCCUUACCCUAGAGUCCAUCCUUGUGUUGCUCCUACAUGCCAUAUUUGUGGUUUUCAGGCCAUUAAACCGCUGAAUGUCAGCAUGGUUACUCUCACCCUCCAGAUUGUUUUGGCAUGAGCUUCACUCAACAACAUAGCUCAUACCAAAACAAUUACUCACAUGGGUGGCCUCAAAACCAGAAUAUGUCAUAUUGGAACAACAACCCUGAGGUCUCACCAUUUUCUUCUAGCCAUCAUAUGCAGGGAAUUAGGUACAAUGAGUAGAGCAACAACUAUGCGCCACAACAAUUUUAUUCAGCUCCUACUCAUAUACCUCAACAACAGGAGAUGUGUCCAAUGGAGUUAAAUGGUCCUCCAUUUGGUCAACCUACAACUUCAACACCCGUUGAGGAAUCUCAUGUGCAAGUGCCCACACAAAAUGAGUUCGAUGAUAUAGAGAAGAUCACUCUUCUUAGCCUUGAAUUCACUUGGAGUGGCGAGGAUGAUCCUAUUAGGAAGCUGAUACUAGAUGAGAUGAAGAAGAUUAAGAGUGGAAAGGAGCUAGUGGAAGAAGUAAGGAAGAUCGAGAGGAACAUUAAUACUGGCAGUACUAUCUCAUCACAGCUUGAGCUGAGUAUUUCUGGGAUAUCCCUUGAUACAUGUGAGGUUCCAACACCUUCACAUUCAACUGAGCAAGAUAGUGAGAGUCCAGAGGAAGAGAUACUUCAGAUCCAAGAAGUAAUUCUCAAAGCCAAGGAACAAGACGAUCCAGAGCUUGAAUGCCCAAGUGAUCAAGAUGAAGAUCCAAUGUCUAUCUCUCCCGAAGAAGUAAAAGAAACUGCUAUAGAUGAACUUGAAGAACCAGGAAUUCAUUUGCCUAUUGUCAUACAAGAGCGUGAUGUAGCAGGUUUAUCUAAUCCUCUUGAUGACAUGCGUCCUUAUGAUUUAUUUGCUUCUACCUUGCAUUACAUGAUACCAUCAAUUAAGCUAGACUUGAAAAAUUAUUUGCUAGGACAGGAUCAUACAUACCCUGUUAGUGGCAUUUCUCACAUUUGCUAUUAUGACGCUUAUUCUCCCCAUGCUAGAGUUAUGCUUAAUGAAAUAUAUCAUCCACAUGCCAGCGUUGAGAUCAUUUAUUCAUAUCAUCCUAAACAUGUGCUUUAUAGCUAUGCUUAUGUAAUUGGACACUUGAUUGAUGACUUGGAGGGUAUUAUCCCUACCACUUGUCUUGUCUCUUUUGUUGUAUGCCUUUCCAGGUUUUUGCUACUGCAUCGUUUACUACAUGCUGACCAGCUUCGAGGUGACAUCCCUUGGGAUCCCGGUGGAGUCAAAGCACUGUGAUGAGGAGAAGCAAUGUGGCACACAUAUAGAAGAGAGAAGUUGGAGCUUGCAAGUGGAAGAAAAAGGAGAAGAGCUAAAGUUUAGAGAGUGAUUGUGCGAGACCUACAUAAUAUAAGCCUGGUGUAUACCAUGUUCUCUGGAUCGGUGGUAUGUUCCUUUGGGGAGACAAAAAAUACUAAUAAUUGGUCAAGCCAGGUGUAUACCAUGUUCUCGGGAUCAGUGGUAUGUUCUUUUGGUGAGACCGAUAAUAUAUUUUCAAUAUGUGUUUCCAUUUCAAUAAGUGGUUCAACCACAAUGUUGUGUUCCUGGUAAUAAGUGAGGAUCGUGCUCUCUUUAGCAACCUUUUGGCACAAUCAGCAUUUGAACUUGCUAAUCUUUGUUUAUCAUUGCAAAAGUUUAAAAU